AUGCUUUUUGGUCGCCUUCUCGGCGCGGCCGCGUUUUCUGCCAUCGUCAAGGCUGUUGAGCUAUCGGGCUAUGAGUACAUCGUGGUUGGCUCUGGGGCAGGAGGUGGUCCUUUAGCGGCGCGACUCGCCUUGGCAGGUCAUAGCACCCUUCUUAUCGAAGCUGGAGAUGAUCAAGGAGCGAAUUUGAACUAUACUGUUCCGGCUUUCUCUGCGACAGCAUCCGAGGAUGAAUCUCUCGCAUGGAACUUCUACGUCAAGCACUACGCCGAUGAGUCUCGGCAAAAGCUCGACUUCAAGACAACAUACGAAACUCCCGACGGCAAAGAGUACACGGGCUUGAACCCACCGGCCGGUUCCACAAUGAAGGGCACACUUUAUCCCCGUACCGGAACGCUUGGUGGCUGUACCGCACACAAUGCCCUCGUUACCGUCUACCCGCACGAUUCUGACUUCGAAUACCUCGCCACACUCACUGGAGAUGGGUCAUGGUCACCCGACAAUAUGCGCAAAUACUUUAAGCGCAUGGAGAACAACCGCUACCUCCUCCCAUUACUUAAGGGCCACGGCUAUCAUGGUUGGUUGAGCACUGAGACCGCGCCACUAAGUAUUGUUUUGGAAGAUCCCCAACUUCUAAGCAUGCUGCUUGGCGGAGCAUUUUCCCUAGGCAAUGUGACUAAGUCAGUUUUCAACAUCGGUACCCUACUCGCAGGAGACGCAAACUCGGCCGCAAACCACCGCGAUACCUCACCUGGAUACUAUCAAGUCCCCCUGGCCUCCGAUGGGAGCUCUCGUAACGGUCCUCGCGAGUUCGUGACUACCGUUAGGGAUGCGAAAAAUGCCGACGGGUCUAAGAAGUUCCCACUUGACAUUCGUAUGAACUGCCAUGUGACCAAGGUCACCUUUGACGAGGGUACCCCUCCCCGCGCUACAGGCGUCGAGUUUCUAGACGGCAAAUAUCUAUACAGCGCUAGUCCCCGCUCCAAGACCGCCGGCAAGGGAACACCAGGCUCAGCAGCAGCUUCGCGCGAAGUUAUCGUCUCCGGCGGCGUGUACAACUCGCCUCAGAUCCUGAAGCUUAGCGGUAUUGGACCAGGAGAGGAGCUCCAGAAAUUCGGAAUUAAGGUUAUCUCCAACCUUCCCGGCGUGGGCACGAACCUACAAGACCACUACGAAACCGCGGUGCAAGGUCAUGUCCCAAAGAACUUCACUGCCCUCGAUGGAUGCACGUUCAAUCAUGGUGAUGAUCCUUGUCUCGACCGCUGGAAUAAGCCAAUCCUUGGUAACCGCGGUAUCUACUCGUCCAAUGGAUUCGGAGCUGCGAUGCUCUACAAGAGCUCCGUGACUGCGGAUAAUAGCUUCGAUGUGUUUGUGUUCGGCGGCCCUGUCAACUUCCGUGGAUACUUCCCUGGAUACGGUGUGAAUAUCACCGAGCGCCAUGACUGGUUCACUUGGGCGGUCCUUAAGGCUCAUCCUCGUAACACAGCCGGGACUGUGAUGCUUCGCUCUGCCGAUCCGCUCGAUAUGCCCGAUAUUACUUUCAACUACUUUGACACUGGCUCUGGUGACUAUAAAAAGGAUUUGCAGGCUAUCACUGAGGCUAUUGGUGUUGCGCGUGGCGCCUUCGACCGUCAGUUGGUUGAUGUGUCUGAGGUCCUUCCUGGUGACGAUAUCCAGACCGAUGAAGAGAUCCAUGAUUACAUCAAGAAUACGGCUUGGGGUCACCAUGCUUCCUGUACUUGCCCUAUUGGAACUGAUGACGAUCCCAUGGCUGUUUUGGAUUCUAACUUCCAAGUUCGUGGCGUCUCAGGCCUUCGCGUGGUGGAUGCCUCCGUGUAUCCCCGUAUUCCCGGAACGUUUACUGCUCUUUCCACUUUCUUGGUGGCUGAGAAGGCAGCUGACGUGAUCCUAGACGCAGCUAAAGCGAGCCAGUGA